UUCUCAUCAUAAUCAACAAGAACAAUGGAGAUGACGAUGAUGAACAACAGAUGGAUAACAACAGCAGCAAGUAUAUGGAUUCAAACAAGUUGCGGUCCAUCAUACGCAUUCGGAAUCUAUUCAUCUAUCCUUAAAUCCAGCCAAGGUUACGAUCAAUCUACUCUCGAUACCGUUUCCGUCUUCAAAGACAUCGGCGCAAACUGCGGCGUAAUCUCCGGUCUGAUUUAUGCCGCCAUCGUUGCACGAGGUCGUCGCGGCGGUAUUGUCGGUCCUUGGUCUGUACAUCUGGCAGGUGCGGCGCAGAUCUUGAUCGGAUACUUGUUAAUUUGGAUGACGGUGGUCGGAAUCAUUGACAGACCGCCGGUGAUGAUGAUGUGUUUGUUUAUGCUUGUCGCUGCUCAUGCUCAGACGUUCUUUAGUACUGCUAAUGUUGUAACUGCUGUCGCUAACUUUCCUCAAUAUAGUGGAACUAUUGUUGGAAUUAUGAAGGGAUUUGUAGGUCUAAGUGGAGCAGUCCUCAUACAAGCAUAUCAAGCAUUUUUGCCAGGAAAUCCAAGUGGUUUCAUAUUAAUGCUAGCUAUAUUGCCAACCAUUGUCUCAAUCUCUUUAAUGUUCUUGGUGAAAAUACAUCCAACAAGUAAUGGAAUUGAUAAGAAGUACUUGAAUUGGUUCUCAUACAUAGCUCUUCUUGUAGCUAUGUACCUUCUUGUACUAAUAAUCUUCCAAAACAUCUCGACUAUGUCAAAAUGGGCACACCUUCUUACAUUUUCACUUCUUCUUCUUAUGCUCACUUCACUCUUUCGAGUUGCAAACAAAGCCCAAAUCGCCGAGUCAACUAUGUUUCAAGAAGCUAAAUUGAACAUGACGAGUCAACUUAUAGAUGGGAACUCAUAUGAGAAUGAGAAUUUGUUGGUAUCUAAAGACAUAAACCUUGUACAAGCAAUGUGUACAUUGAAUUUUUGGUCUCUUUGUGUUGCCAUGUUGUGUGGAAUGGGUUCGGGGAUGGCUACAAUCAACAACAUAAGCCAAAUAGGAGAAUCACUCAAUUACAAAACAGAGGAGAUUAAUACAUUAGUUUCAUUAUGGAGCAUUUGGAACUUUUUGGGUCGAUUUGGAGCUGGGUAUAUAUCGGAUUUGUUUCUUCAUUCUCGAGGAUGGGCGAGGCCAAUGUUCAUGGCGGUUACUCUUGCAACAAUGUCGGUUGGCCAUUUGAUCAUUGCGUCGGGUUUUUCUGGAAAUUUGUAUGUUGGUUCGAUUUUGGUGGGUAUUUGUUAUGGUUCGCAAUGGUCACUUAUGCCUACAAUAACUUCAGAGUUGUUUGGGGUUUUAAAUAUGGGCACGAUUUUCAAUACUAUUUCGACGGCUAGUCCUGUUGGUUCUUCAAUUCUAUCGGUUCUAGUUGUUGGUAAGAUUUAUGAUAGGGAAGCGUCGGGUGAUGGGACUUGUUUUGGUACAAGAUGUUUCAUGUUGUCUUUUUUGGUGUUGGCAUUUGUUAGCUUUUUGGGAUUCUUAGUUGCUUUAACGUUGUUUUUUAGGACAAGAAGAUUUUAUGGAGAGUUAUGGUUGCGACAUUCUUCUAGAUGAUGUAGGGAAAUGAGAGUUUUAUUGUUGGUUGUGAAAUCUAAGUGUUUGAGUAAGACACCUUAUCAAUAAAAGAAUAAAGUAUUUGAUGAUUUUGGGUUCA